GGUAAGUGGUAACUCCGUGUAGGAAGCUAUAUUAUUCUUGUGCGUUGCUUCGCUGGGAAGCUGUGCGGCGCAAGUUUAUUUGAGUGACCGUGCUGUUUAUCCGCUUCGCCGCGGCUGUGUGGUGAACUAGACGACGGAAAAAAGAAUGUCCCCUAGGUAGCACAGGGUUUCUUAAAUGCCCGUCGCCGGAAACUACAUAUUUCGGCUAUAUGAAUUCCUCUUCACGGGAAUCGCUUGUAUACUGAAGCAGUUCGAUGUCAUGUCUGUUCGAUUGCCGUUGUAGAAGUUCACGCAACGAAGUCGCAUCUGUGGAAGACAACCACACAAAUGACGAGUCACUGUACCAGCACCUGUCCGAGGCCUCUAAUUUCUCCGAGGCAAUCCCACUCAUGCAGAAGGAUCCGGACAUGAUCAAGUAUGAAGCUAGUGUAGACAACUAUGAACUUCUUUCUGUGAUCGGGAGAGGACUCUACAGUACUGCAGUGGUGUCCCUUGUUAAGCACAUUCCAUCUGGUCAUCGAUUGGCUGUGAAGCGAACAAAUUUGGAAGCAUGUAGUGGGAACUUCGAGCAAGUGCAACAUGAAAUAUUUGUGGUCCGCCAACUAAGGCACGAAAAUGUUAUUCCAUAUUUUUGCACACUAGUGAAAGGCAGUGAACUAUGGGCUGUGAUGCCGCUCUUGACAUAUGGGUCAGUCAGGGAUAUCCUCAAUACUCACUUUCCUUCAGGCUUGCCAGAACAUGCAGUGUCUUUCAUAUUGAAGGACUUAGUAACAGCACUUCACUACAUUCACACGAGAGGCUACAUACACAGGAGUGUCAAGGCAAGCCACUUACUUCUGUCAAGCAAGGGCAAAGUGAUGCUGUCAGGCUUUCGCUACUGCUGCAGUGUCGUAGAGAGCGGCCGGUGGCGUCCAAAAAUACACACCUUUCCACAGCAUGCCAUCCAGAACCUCAACUGGCUAGGCCCUGAGGUCCUAGAGCAGAACCUGAUGGGGUACAACUCCAAGUCUGACAUCUACAGCGUGGGCGUGACGGCUCUGGAGCUGGCCAAUGGCGUGGCUCCCUUCGCAGACAUGGCACCCACACAAGUGCUGCUGGCCAAGAUCCAGGGCUGCGUGCCAAAGCUGUCCAGCACCGUGGUCUGCGACGGGCCCACAGCACAAGCCCAAAGUGAUCAUGUGUGCAAAGCUGGUGGUGAGAGCACAUCAAAGGCAAACUUCUUUGGCAAUGAGUUCACGUCCCUGACCAACCAGUGUCUGAAGAGGGAUCCCACACUGAGGCCAUCUGCACAGCAGCUCAUGACCCACAGUUUCAUCAAACUCUGCCGCAAAUCGCCAUCCUCCUUGCCAGAAAUCAUUGCAACAGUUACUCCGAGACCUGGUGUUUGUAAAAGUAUUGACAUGGAGGGCCUCGAAGCAUCGUUGCCCGAAGCUGAAGCUGCCAAUUGUGAAAAGUUUGUGUGGACAUUCUAGUCUUUGUGCGUGAUUGCAUGUUUUGGCAAGUGAUGCCACAAGGAACUUUACUUUUUGUUAACUGCUGUCAUUUGUGUGUGAGGCUGCUCAUCUUUAUAUAAAUGUGUACCACUGCAAGAGGCAAGCUGCGUGUAAAUAUACCUCAUUGUUUAGAAAGGAGAGAAAGAGUGUAAAAACUGAAAGUAGCGGCAUGUACUUUUUUUUUUUUACUACGCGAGCAUGCUUUGACGAGGUAGAGGUGUAGAGGAUAUGUUUUUGGCUUAAUGCCAUAGAGAGUUUUAUCAAGCCUACUUGUCAGCUGACUGCUUCCUGUUCAGAGGAAGCCACUUGUUGAAGUUUCUUGCCGAUGGAUCUUCCUAACCCAUACAAGGUGUUCCGGUUAAUGGAGAAGUCCUAAUUUAUUUAGCUUUACACUUUGCCACCAUGGAAUUUUGGAGAGGCAGUGUUGUGUGCGGACGUUUCAGAGCUCAGUGUUUCAUAUGUGAAUGAGUGUUGAAAAAAAAAUGGUCACAUGAUUGUACAAGGGAGUGUCUAUGUGCCUUAAUGCCCUCACUGUCCAGAGCAUCACGACACUUGUAAAAAAGAAAGAAAAGCUUGUUACAAUAAAACAUGCAUCUAGUGUGGCA